AUGGUGGACCUGAAGGACAAGGGGGUGAUGGUGGACCUGAAGGACAAGGGGACUAGAGGGGAUGGUGGACCUGAAGGACUAGUGGGUGAUAGUGGACCUGAAAAACAAGGGUGUGAUGGUGGACCUGAAGGACUAGGGGGUGAUGGUGGACCUGGAGGACUAGGGGAAGAUAAUGGACCUGGAGGACUAGGGGGUCAUGGUGGACCUGAAGAACUAGUAGGUGAUAGUGGACCUGAAGGACAAGGGGGUAAUAGUGGACCUGGAGGACAAGAGGGUGUUAGUGGACCUAAAAGACUAGGGGGUGAUGGUGGACCUGAAGGACUAGUGGGUGAUAGUGGACCUGACAAGGGCGUAAUAGUGGACCUGGAGGACAAGAGGGUAAUAGUGGACCUGGAGGACAAGGGGGUAAUAGUGGACCUGGAGGACAAGAGGGUGAUGGUGGACCUGGAGGAUAAGAGUGUGAUGUGGACCUGGAGGAGAGGGGGUGAUAAUAGACCUGGGGGACAACAGGGUUAUAGCGGACCUAGAGGAGUAGGGGGUGGUAAUAGACCUGGGGGACAACAGGGUAAUUGUGGACCUGGAGGAGUAGGGGGUGAUAAUAGACCUGGAGGAAAACAGGGUGAUGGUGGACCUGGAGGAGUAGGGGGUGAUAAUGGACCUGGGGGACAACAGGGGGACAGUGGACCUGGAGAAGUAGGGGACGAUAAUAGACCUGGAGGACAACAGGGUGAUGGUGGACCUGGAGGAGUAGGGGGUGAUAAUAGACCUGGAGGAAAACAGGGUGAUGGAGGACCUGGAGGAGUAGGGGGUGAUAAUGGACUUGGAGGACAACAGGGGGACAGUGGACCUGGAGGAGUAGGGGGUGAUAAUAGACCUGGAGUACAACGGGUGAAAUUGGUCCUGGAGGACGGGGGGAUAUGGUGGGCCAGGAGGAUUAGAGGGUAAUGGUGGACCUUGAGGACUAGGAGGAAGUGGCAGGAAGACAAUGGUGUGAUAGUGGACCUAACGGACUCGGAGGAUAUGGUGGACCUGGUAUUCAUGGUGUGAUAGUGGACCUUGAGGACUAGGGGUAAAUGGUGAAUCUGAGGACUUGGAGAUGAUAGUGGUGCCGAAAAAACUGGAGGGGAAUGUUGGACCUGGAGAACAACAGGGGGAAAUUGGUCCAGGAGGACUAGUGGAUGAUAGUGGACCUGGAAGAUAAAGAGGUGAUAUUGGACCCAAAAGGACAAGAGGGUAAUAGUGGAACUGGAGGAAAAUGGUGUGAUUGUGGACCUGGAGGACUAGGGGGAUAUGGUGGGCCUAAUGACUAGGGGGCUAUAGUGAACCUAAGUACCAGGUCCCCUUGUCCUCCUGGUCCACUAUUACCCCCUAGUCCUUCAGGUCCAUUAUUACUUCGUUGUCUUACAAUUUCACUUUCACCCCUUUGUCAUCCUAUGUCCAACAUCCCCCUCUAGCCCUUUUGGGUCCACCAUCAUCCCCUAGUCCUUCAGGUCCACUACCUUGUUCUUUUGGGUCAUUAUCCCAUAAGUCUCCAGUUCCAUUAUCAACUUUAUGUCCACAAGACCACUAAAACCAUGACAUGGACCUUAAGGACAACGGGUGAUAGCAGACCUGGAGGACGAAGGACAAACGGAUGGUCUGGAGCACUAGGUUGUGAUAGUGGACCAGGAGGACUAGGGGGAAAUGGUUGACCUGCAGGACAGCGGGGUGAAAUUGGUCCUGGAUGACUAGGGGGUAAAAGUGGACCCAAAAGGACUACAGGGGGAUGUUCGUCCCAAAAGGACUAGGGGGUGAUAACUGACAUCAAGGACAAUGAAAGUGAUAGUGGACUUGGAGGACAACGGGUUGAAUGUGGACCUGGAGGACUAGGGGUUGAUGGUGGAAAUGGAGGAGUAGAGGGUGGAAGAGACCCUGGAAGAUUAGGGGCUGAUUUGGGCCCUUUAGGGGAUGAUAGUGAACCUGCAGGACAAGGUGCUGAUAGUGGACCUGAAUGACUAGGCAAAGAAAGUGGACCUGAGGACAUAAAGGUGAUUGUGGGCCUGGAGGUCAACAGGGUUACAGUGUACCUUGGGGACAACAGGGUGAUAGUGGACCUGGAGAAACAGGGGGUAUUGGUUGACCUGGAGACAAAGGGUUUGUUAGAGGACUUGGUGGACCAGAAGAGAUAGUAGACUUGGAGGACUAGGGAGUAAUGGUGGACCCAAAGAACUCAGUGGUGAUAGUGCACCUGGAGGACUAGGUGGUGAUAGUGGACCUGGAAACAAAGGGGGUGAUAGAGGACCUGGAGGUCUAGGGGGAGAUAGUAGACCUGGAGGACUAGGGGGUAAUGGUGGACCAAGAGGACUAGGUGGUGAUAGUGGACCUGGAGGACUGGGGGGUAAUGGUGGACCGAGAGGACUAGGUGGUGAUUGUGGACCUGGAGGACUAGGGGGAGAUAGUACACCUGUGGGACUUUUCCAUUACAUGGCGCGGCGCAGCUUGACUCAGCACGGCUGCCCAGUGCAGCAGGGGGUUGGCUUUUCCACCACAACUAAGCUACCCCGUUUGAGGGCGUGUCUAGAGCUGAUGGCGCAGUGUUCAGGGCCUCCCAGAUCUCGCUACACUUAUUGGUCUGAAUGGCUUUACAUGGUUUUAAAGCAAAAAACUUAAACUAUGACAGCGCUGCAAGCUGCUCUUUUUACAUUCCCUCUCCCAGUCUGUCUUUUCCUCUCUCUCUGUCCAAGAUCAGUAAACAAACAAUAGUUCCAGUGAUCAUCAAAGGAGACAAUUUUCCUGUUUAAGUUAAAGAACAGUCUCCUUAUUACUGAUCUGUUGGCCUCUAAAGAGCAGAAAAUGAACACAAUCAUAUUUUUGGAUUGGGCAGUGAGAACGGCAUGUUUUACUAGCGCCAGUUAAUGAAUUAA